UAGCAAUAUUAAAUCAAAAUAUUGCUAUAUGCUGUAAUAGAAUGUACGAAGCACGAAGGAAAGUUUUUUGGUUUGCAAUAAUUAGUAGGAUAAUAGUUUUAAGUUUACAAUUCUUUUUUAAUUUUAUAUGUCCUGAUCACAAUGCAGAUGCAUUUAAAGCUCCUACUGAUAAUUCUGAACAAAUUUCAUUAUAUGACAGUAUAGUAACAUUUCUAUUUAGUGGUCUUACACGAUGGGAUGGUGAAUACUUUUUGCAUAUUGCAAAAUAUGGUUAUACAUAUGAGAACACAUUGGCCUUCUAUCCAUUGUAUCCUAUGUUACUUCGAAUUAUUUCUGUUCCUAUAAGAAAAAUAUUCUUUGUAUUAAAUGUUAAUAGUUCUAUACUUAUUACAGCUAUGUUAGUUAAUAUUAUAUGUUUUGUAAAAUCUGCUGUUAUAUUUUAUGAUCUUAGUAAGGCAGUGUUAAAAUCAACAAGUGUAGCUUAUAAAGCAGCAAUAUUGUACUGCAUAAACCCAGCUACCAUAUUCUUUUCAGCUGUUUAUUCAGAAUCUUUAUUUGCAUACUUAUCAUAUUACAGUAUGUUAAGAUCCAUUAAAUUAGAUCCAUAUGUAUCUUUUCCAGUAGGUUUAUCCAUUCUUACAAGAUCUAAUGGAAUGGUUAAUAUUGGUUUCCCUAUAUAUUAUCAAUUGCAAAAUUUGUUACACACUUAUACAGAAAAAAAUGUAAACUUUUCAUUAAAAACACUUUGUCAAUUUAUUUCUAAAAUAGGUACAUUAAAAAUAUUUUGUCUAAUGUUUAAUACAAUAAUUAUAUCAAUAAUUCCACUUGUUUUGUUACAAACAUAUAAUUAUCUUAUGUUUUGUACUCCUAAUUUAAAUCUAACAUUUAUUCCUGAACAUAUUACUAAUUUUAGUAUAGUUAACAAUUUAGUGUUGCCUGGUAAUAAUAAUUUAGAAUGGUGCCAUUCAAAAAUUCCAAUGGCAUAUUCUUACAUACAAAAAAGAUAUUGGAAUAUAGGAUUUCUGAAUUACUAUGAAAUAAAACAAAUACCAAACUUUAUUUUAGCAUUUCCAAUAUUGUAUAUUAUGAUUAGAUGUAUAAAGGAAUAUUUUUUUGAACAUAAGAAGUAUUUUUAUACAUUGGGAUUUAUUAAAGUUAUUGGAAAUGACGUAGAAACUGAAAGAAAAAAGUAUCCAACUGAAAUGUUAGUAUUUGUUAUUCAUGGUUUAUUUUUAACUAUCUUCUGUAUUCUAUUUGUGCACAUUCAAGUAAGCACCCGUUUAAUAAGUUCAGCAAGUCCAUUGAUAUAUUGGUAUUGUGCUUUGUCAAUGUGUUAUUUAUGUCCUAAUAAUGAUAAUAAUUUAUAUGAUGAUAAGGAAAAUGUAUUUUCUAAGUGGAAAGUAUUCUUUUUAACAAAGAAGAAAUAUACUUUGAAGGAUAAACUUAUAUUUUCCUAUUUUAUAGGAUAUGGAGUUGUAGGUUGUUUUAUGUUCUCAAACUUUUUACCAUGGACAUAAUUUUAUAUAUGCACAUAUUGUAAAAAGAUUAUAUAGUUAAUUUAUAAACUUAAAAUGAAUGUAUAUACAAAAAAUGUAAAAUG